AUGAUACGAGAAAGUCUUCGGGAUAAUGCAGCACCAAUGCAAGCUCUAAUUCAUGCAUCUUGUGAGAGAAACCUGAACAUCUUUAACAGUCUUCAUUCCCAUCAGGAUUUAAAGUUGCCUCACAAUGGAGUGAAUAUAAUCCCUCGAGUUUCUUGUAGAGCUCAAAAACUUUCUCAUUUUAUCAUAACCGCUUUUUCUAUUUCCACUGGAGACCAGAAAAAUAAUCAAGCUUGGGUUUUUUUCAAGGAUCAUUUCAUCAGCAUUUAA